UCUUAUACCUCGAAGAAUGUGUUCGGAACGAAUCUAUGUGCAGCUGAUUACUAUCGCUUUUCAACUGCAGGCCCCUAUGUGCUAGUUAUAGUCAGUACGAUGGUCAAUACGCUUCUGACCGUCCGCGAUGAAACACCAGUGUCAUCGAUCUGUCUGACUCGUGAUGCAGUUAAUCCUGAAUUCUAUUCAUAUAUCUUAGUACUACGGAUUAUUUGUAUAAGUAUAUCGGCCUUAAUCUAUGUGGUGAUAUUAACGAAGAUCAAGAAGCGGCUACUGCAUAUGGAACGACGGCGGCAUUCUCCAGGAUAUUCUGCCAUAGGUUUCUUGAAGCGUUCGACCGUAACUUUCGGGUUGACAACCGCAAACGCUGUCGUCUUUCUUUUGAUUCCGGAUGUGAUUAAAGUUACUGGUUUUUUGGAGUUGGCUCAGAAGCGCUCAAUUCUACUCUAUUCACUGUCCAUGACGAAUGUCAUACUGAACGCAUUCAUACUCUUUUUUCGUCAUCGUGAAAUUCGUAACAACAUCAAGCGAUUAUUCCAAGUAUUACAAAAUCGAAAGAGAUGGAUGGGUAAUCGGGUUUGGGUGGUGACGUUUAGCAGGAUCAAUGGAUAA